UUUUGUUACCAGAAGAUGGCAGUAAUGUACGUUUUUUUUUUAAACCCCUUCCUGAAAGAGGAACCUUUUUUUCUGCGAGACGGACAGUUUAUUGUGGCGGACCAACAUGGCCGCGCUCGGAAGGAGCUCGGUUUACUACAAUUUCUUCAGGAGUUCCGUUCGUGUUCUGUUUAAUGGAUUUAAACCUACACUCCGUAAACGCAGCAGAUGGACAAACGUCCUGACUUCCGGUGUGGCGUCUGUCGCCGUCGGCGGUGGACUGUGCGCUGUCCCGUUUAAACAGGUGGAUAACCUUUCCUAUGACUCCCUCAUCAAACGAGCCGCCUCUCUGGCCACAGACAGCUCCAACUCCUUCCUCUCACAGACCACCUUGGCUCUCAUAGAAGCCGUCACAGAGUAUGCAAAGGCCGUGUACACACUCGUUUCACUACAACAACGAUAUCUAGAGGCUCUUGGAAAACUUACUCGGGCAGAGGAGGAUGCCGUUUGGCAGGCGAUCAUUGGCCAGCGAGCAAGGGUUAGUGAUACAAAAGAAGAAUGCAGACGCUUGGAGUCGAUCUGGAGCACAGCAGUGACGCUGUGUGAGACGGCCGCAGAAGCAGCUUAUGUAUCAGGAGCUGAGCAUGCCUGUGUCAUGGCCAAGACGAACAUUCAGGUGGCCCAGUCCCAGGUGGAGGAGGUGCAAAGAACUAGUUUGGAUGCAGAUAAGAAGCUGGCAGAGACUAAAGUCAUGGAGGUUGAAAGGAUGGCGCAGCACGCCGCCUCCUUACAGAGCUCUGAUAAUGAGGAGGAUGUGCCUGAGGCUUAUUUGAGAGAAGACUAAACAGAAAUAAUGUAACUUUUUAUCACUUUUGAUCAUAAAUAUUGAAGCAUUUUUAUGAUUGGAUAAAGAUACAGUCUUUUAUGGGAUUGACUCCAUCCACUAUCCACUAUUUGUUGAUUUGUAGCAGUAACCCAAACUUUUAAAUGCAGAAAACCUUUAACUCUUCGUUGUGUUGCACUUUCUUUGUUUAGGAAAACAUUUGUUUUUUUUUAUUUAUCAUCAUCUAAAUGAAUCGAUUUACCUGAAGAUUAUUCAAGUCUGCCCAAGAUGCCAAAUCAUUGGUGUGUCUAUGCACAGGACAAAUGAAGGCACAGUAUCCAAAGUUCUAAACUAUGAUCAUGAGCAGAUGUUUUACUUUGGAUUCAUCUGGGAAUUACAAAGUGGUCAACUUGAAAGAUUUUCUGUCAUAUUUUGUUUUUCCAUAAUUGUCAGAAGCCUCUUGGUAAACAAUAAAGAAGAUAUAUGUUGCCUUGCCAA